AUGGGGACCGUGAACACAACCGAGCGCUUGACGCAGCUGCGUCAGCUGAUGAAGGAGCAUCAAGUGGACCUCUACAUCGUUCCAUCCGAGGACAGCCACCAGUCGGAAUAUAUUGCGCCGUGCGAUGGCCGCCGAGAAUUCAUCUCGGGCUUUUCCGGCUCGGCCGGUACUGCCAUCAUCUCCCUGACCAAGGCUGCCCUUUCUACCGACGGUCGUUAUUUCAAUCAAGCCGCCAAACAACUGGACAGCAAUUGGCAUCUCUUGAAGCAGGGCACAGAAGGUGUGCCUACCUGGCAAGAAUGGACGACGGAAGAGGCGCAAGGUGGUAAAGCUGUCGGUGUGGAUCCUUCCUUGAUCACUGCCUCCGGUGCACGCAAGCUUGCGGAAACACUCGAGAAGAACGGCUCAUCGUUGGUGGGAAUCCAAUCAAACCUGGUUGACUUGGUAUGGGGAAAGGACCGUCCUUCGCGCCCCCAAGAAAAGGUUCGCGUACACCCCGUUGAAUACGCCGGAAAGCCGUUCCAGGAGAAGAUUGCCGAGCUCCGCAAGGAAUUGGAGACGAAGAAGAAGGCUGGUUUUGUUGUCUCCAUGCUGGAUGAAAUUGCCUGGCUGUUCAACUUGAGAGGAAGCGACAUUCCCUACAACCCCGUCUUCUUUUCCUACGCGAUCAUCACGCCCACGACAGCCGAGCUGUACGUCGAAGCCGAUAAGCUCACCCCCGAGGUGACCGCCCAUUUGGGCCAGGAUGUCAUUGUCAAACCUUACGAGACUAUCUUUGCCGAUGCCAAGGCUCUCAGUACAGCCCGCAGCCAGUCCGCUGAAAAGGCACCCAACAAGUUCCUGCUUUCCAAUAAAGCUUCCUGGGCUCUGAGCCUGAACCUCGGUGGGGAGGGUCAAGUGGAGGAGGCUCGCAGCCCGAUCGCCGACGCCAAGGCAGUCAAGAACAAGGCAGAGUUGGAAGGAAUGCGCGCGUGUCACAUCCGUGAUGGUGCAGCGCUGACCGAGUACUUCGCGUGGCUGGAGAAUGAGCUGGUCAACAAAAAGACCGUCCUGGAUGAAGUCGACGGCGCAGACAAGCUUGAACAGAUUCGCACCAAGCACGACCGCUUUGCCGGUCUGUCCUUUGACACAAUCUCUUCGACCGGGCCCAACGGUGCGGUGAUUCACUACAAGCCGGAGAAGGGCAGCUGCUCGAUCAUCGACCCUGCUGCGAUCUACCUCUGCGACUCCGGCUGUCAGUAUCUGGAUGGAACCACCGACACUACCCGCACGUUCCACUUUGGGCAGCCGACUGAGUUCGAGAAGAAAGCGUUCACUCUGGUCUUGAAGGGUAUGAUCGGGAUCGACACUGCCGUCUUCCCCAAGGGGACCAGCGGCUUUGCUAUUGACGUGCUCGCCCGUCAGUAUCUUUGGAAGGAGGGCUUGGAUUACCUCCAUGGCACUGGGCACGGAGUUGGAUCUUUCUUGAAUGUCCAUGAAGGACCCAUGGGAAUCGGUACCCGUGUUCAAUACACCGAAGUCCCCAUCGCGGUGGGACAUGUGCUAUCCAAUGAACCCGGCUACUACGAAGAUGGCAAGUUUGGUAUUCGCAUCGAGAAUAUUAUUAUGGCCCGCGAAGCCAAGACCAACCACAAAUUUGGCGACAAGCAAUGGUUGGGCUUUGAGCAUGUCACAAUGACUCCGAUCGGUCGCAAUCUGAUGGAGCCCUCUCUCCUGAGUGACGAUGAAAUCAAGUGGUUGAAUGACUACCACGCGGAGGUCUGGGAGAAGACCAACCACUUCUUCAAGGACGACGAGUUGACUCUGAAGUGGCUUCAGCGCGAGACUCAGCCUAUCUCUAAAUAG